GUCGUCAGUUCAGUUAAGGGAGGGACUCAGACAAGGACGCAGAGUCGGGCAGGCACAGCACCUGGGCCAGAGCAGGUGGUUCUGGAGGCCCCGGGCUGAGGCUGGAACUGGAGCGGGGCAGGCUGGGCUCAGGGCUCUGUAGGGCCUGGUGAGAGUCGAUCUGGGCAGUCAAGACAGUCCCGGCCCUGGAGGGCCUAGAAAGUCUAGGUGGGUUGAAAUAAGCCUGGCCUUACGGAGGGAAAUACAACUUUUGGAUUUUCUUUAUUCCAUUCUUUUUCUCUUGACUUGCGAACCCCAUCCCCUCCCUGGUGAACUCAGGGCAAGGAAAGUCCAGAAGCUGCUGGGGGAGGGGGGUGUGGGAGCCUCAGCCUCCCCCCUCCCCCUGCGUCCUGAUGCAAACCCCCCACUUCACACCUGCGGUGAUAAUGCUCACCGCCAGGACCCACGGCCAGGGUCUCCCUCCCCAGUCUGGGGGACCCCCACAGCAUGUCCCCUCCCCCCGACUGGCGCACAGCGGUAGUGGCCUCUCUGGUUUCUGGUAACUUCAUCAGGGCGGCAUCACGUUGCUCAGGCUAGAGAUAGCAUCUCCCCGUGGGUAACCCUUCCCUGCCAGAGGCCCCCGAGGCUGGACUCUGGCUCAGGGGAAGGACCCUAGGGUGUGGGACAAAUUAAGGGGCGUGAGGGUCUGCCAGGCAGAAGCAGGUCGGCUGCGAUGCCAGCACCGCGAUCAGGAACGGUGGCCACUUGACACGGGGCCUAUGGAGGAGAAGGGGUCGGGAGCCAAUUGGCGCCUGCAGAGACCCCUGGGCUCCUGGUACUGCUCUGGACCUGUCUCCCCACGUCCCAGGCGGGGCCCUCCUGACACCCCCCCCAGGCCUGCCUGCAGCAGAUGCCCCACCCCCUUGGAGGCCGGGAGGACAGGUCCACCUUAACUGCAGCCCUGGGGGUGGGUGCGCAGCUGCUAGCCUGCCCUUCCUCACACUGGGGCUGCAGCCCGGCACCAUGAUGCAGGGCACUUUGGAGCCGGGUGGUCCCCUCUGGGGAUGGGAUGGGGACAGUGACGAUGACUGGGACAGUGCUGUACUGGCCUUGCUGGCGCUGGCUGUGGUGGCUGCCACAGCGCUGGCUUUGCGCUGGUUUGGCUCUGAGCAGGACCAGGAGGCAGCAGGACCAGCGUCCACAGCCCCCGGGGACCAGCCUCCGCAGGCAGGAGGAGGGGUGCCUGCACUGCACCCGAAGUCCAAGGUCAGUGGUGGCAGCAAGGGACAGAACUCAGGGCAGGAGAAGCCAGACCUCCCAGGACGCGGCCCGGGGAGUCCGGCUGCAGCAGGAGGCCGAGGGCUGGCCGCCACAGCCCGGCUUCCGCUCAAGACGGCUGGCGAGGUGCCCAGCAGAGGGGCCCGGGGACAGCAGCAUGGCAAUGGCACCUCCGCAGGUAAAGGGAAGGAGCCUCCCAGGCCAGGCACUGCCUUCCUGGGUAGGAGCAAAGCAGGAGGGACAUCCGCCCCGCUCCUAAUCCACUUCACUCCUCGGAGUCCUGGCAGCGACGCGGAGGUGCAGGCCGAGGCAGGUGGCGGCGGCGUCAAGGGGCCAGCUCGCCAGGCCCCCGUCCACACGGAGCAACAGGACACCGGCCCCUGGCAGCCCGGCGCGGGGCCCUCCGGCUCGCUGGGGAGGGGCCGCGGCGGCCGGCGGGGACCGAUGGACAGAGCCCGCCGCCCCCCAAAGCCGGGCGCUGCGGCGAGCGCGUGGGACGCUGUGGAUGCGGCCGCCGCCGGCCUUUGCGCGGGCUCCCCGCUGCCCCCCGGGGCUCAGAGCGUCCGGGCCCCCGAGGCAGGCUGGCCCUGGGCCAGGAGGGAGGUCUUGGUCACCCAGACCUUCAGCCAGGUCCCAGGCUCCGCGGGGCAGUGGCCGGGGGCCACAGGGGUCUGCGCCGGCGAAGCCCGGACCGAGGGCUCCCCAGGCGACCACCCCUUCCUCGGCCCUGGGCCGGGUGGGACAGAGACACGGGGGGACCACAGCGUCAGAGAAGGGAGGGGGUCCUGGCGAGAGGCCUACGGGCGGGUCCCUGACCUGGGUUCCAAGCGGCCUCCAGAGGAAGCGAAGCCGGCAGGAUUCCGCAGCAGCCCCGCAUGGAGCCCGUCAGUCACGCCCCCGCCUCGGGGCCCUGAGCCCCGCCCACCCUCCGCUUCCCCGCUGGCAGCCCCGUUAGCAAGAGUCCUUCUCAGAGUGAAAAUCUCGGAGUAG